CGGCCGCGUAGCGCGAUAUGGAUCAAAAACUUUCAAAGUUGGUAGAAGAGCUCACAACUUCAGGAGAACACCAACUGAAUCCUGAGAAAAUGAAGGAACUGAAAAAAAUUUGCAAGUCUUCAGAGGAACUGCUAGGCCAUGCCUACCACCUGCUGAUGGCGCAGCUGAGCCAGGAGCAUGCCCAAGUCCGCCUCUCAGCCUUCCAGGUCGUGGAUGAACUCUUCACCAGGUCUCACCAGUUCAGGAUACUGGUUGUCUCUGACCUCCAGGAGUUUUUGGAGCUCACGCUAGGCACAGACCAUGAGCAGCCCCUGCCACCACCCAGGGAGGCGGCCCAGAGGCUGAGGCAGGCAGCCAUCCGGGCAGUGGAAGCGUGGAAUGAGAAGUUUGGGGAGGCCUAUAAGAAGCUCUCUUUGGGCUACCACUUCUUAAAACACAACAAAAAGGUGGACUUUCACGAUGUGAAUGCUAGGACUCUAGCAGAAAGAAAGAGAGAAGAGGAGAAGCAGAAGCACUUGGAUAAAAUCUACAGGGAAAGAGCCCAGCAGGCAGAGAGGGAGAUGGAAGAAAUGUCUGAAGAAAUUGAGUCCUGCCUGACAGAAGUGGAGAGCUGCUUCAGGCUGCUGGUGCCAUUUGACUUUGGUCCUAGCCCGGUGGUGGCGAAAUUCCUUGAUGUGGCUUCUGACAUGUCCAAUCAGGGUGCCUCUCGCUCCUCGCACCCGGGCCAAGCCACCCCUUGCCAGUGUGGACCCCCCACACCCUCGGAUGGCGAGCAGCCCUGCUGCAGCAAGGACCUGCCUGCCUCUGCGUGCCAUCCCGGGGCUGGCAGCAAGGCACUGCUGCUGCAGGCAGCCACACGAGACCCCUCGGAAGACGAGGAUGAGGACAGUGACCAGGAAAAGUUUGUUCGGAGCCAUGGGCUUGGCUCACACAAGUACACACUGGAUGUGGAGCUCUCCUCAGAUGGCCUGAAGCUGCAGGAGAACGAGGACAACCUUGCCGUUGUCCAAGCCACCCGCGAUGCGCUCAAGCUUGUCCAGAACAAGUUCCUGCCGUCGGUGUGCUCCUGGGUCCAGCGGUUUACCCGCGCAGGGACCCACGGUGGACACUUAAAGCGUGCCAUUGACCUGAAGACGGAAUUAGAGCUUGUGCUGAGAAAAUACAAGGAGCUGGACAUCGCACCUGAGGGAGACCAGAGGCUCAGGACAGACGCCCCAGAGGACCGGGAGGAGGAUGAGGAGGACGACUUUGUGGAGGUCCCAGAGAAGGAGGGAUUCGAAGCCUGUGUCCCUGAGCACCUGCUGGGGCUGGAGUCAGAGGCCCUGCGGCAGACCCCAGAGAAGAACGUGGCUGCACAGGGCUUACAGGAAAGGACAAGGACAAGGACGAGAAGGGAUGAGGACGCAUCAGACCCCACCUCUGCAGCUGCCCAACUACAGCGGUUCAGGGACCACUUGCUCCUGCCGCCACCCUUGUCUACCAGCCCCUCCAGGGCACUGCUGGGGCUGGAGGAGGCCCAGAAACUAGCAGCAGAGCGGGCCCGGGCGCCUGUCGUGCCCUAUGGAGUAGACCUAUGCUACUGGGGCCAGGAGCAGCCGGCGGCCAGGAAGAUUCUCAGAUCCGACUCUCAGCACCGCUUUUGGAAGCCCAGUGAGGUGGAGGAGGAAGUGGAGAGCGCUGCCAUCUCUGAGAUGCUCCGGAGCCGCCAUAUCACCUUCGCGGGGAGGUUUGAGCCUGUGCAGCACCGGUGCCGAGCCCCGAGGCCUGACGGCCGGCUCUGUGAGCGCCAAGAUCGGCUGAAGUGCCCUUUCCAUGGAAAGAUUAUCCCAAGAGACGAAGAGGGAAGGCCCCUUGACCCAGAAGACAGGGCGCUGGAGCAGAGGCGACAGCAGCAGAUGCAGAAGCACCCGGGUAGGUCUGGGUGGGUGCCAUUGAGGGUACAGCCCUGGGACCCGCUGCCCCCAGGGUGUGUCGUCAGGGAGCACCCACACCACCAGCUUGGCCUGGGGAGCUGCAUGAUAGUAAAACAAGGUCGGGGGAGGGAACAUUGCCCUGGGGGAUCUUGGGUUGUGGGGCUCCACAGGGUGUUCAGGCUUCAAGCAGAUCCACAAUUUCACAGGCGCCCAACAGGGACACAGGCUGCCCAUGGCCCAGAAACCACCAGGUUAUUGUUUGUGUGGUUAAAUUUUAGAUUCUUGUGUUUUUUAAGCAGAUGAAGGAAUGAAGGCCAAGAAAGGUAAAUGACAGGACCCCCAAGUCACUGCUCCUCCUAAUGCUGCUGCCUCACUCUCCCCUUGUUCCACCCCUUCUGCGGAGUUCUUGCAGCUGGGCAACUGUUUUGUCCCAUCGCAGGAUGCGUGUGGCCACUUGCUUGGGGCAUCUGCUAUGGCUGGUGGUGGGAGUUUGGGGUACCCUGUGCUGGCUGCCCCGUCCGCAGAGGUCUCUGUCACUUUGGCGAAGCCUACCCAGCCUGCCCCCUCCAGGCUGGGGUUCAUGUCUGUUUUCAGGGAGGGAUUGUUACUGGAGGCCCUGGCCAGGCUCGGGCUCCCUCCCUUCUGAAGAGAGGGCCAGUCUGCAGGCCCAGAUCUCGGCGAAGGUGGAAGUCGUGCCACGCCUGUGGGAGCACUGCUGGCGUGCUCGCAGGUCCCACCCGAGCCAUCUUGUCGUUCACAGGCUUUUUGCGCUGUGGUCAUGAGAGGCAGAUGCUGAGUUUCAGAUGGAUCCCCAGAGACGGCACCUGGGCCCGGGAGCCCUGGAUGGUGUGGGUGUGUGUGUAGGGGGUCCUGACCUGUUAAUCUUCGGGCGAGGCCUUCCCUGGUGGCUCAUGCUCAGGAGCAAAUGAAGUGCCUAUUUUUUCUGUCAACCCUGAAGAGUAUCUGGUUUUCCAGCCCUUGGUGACUUGUUAACAAACAGGUAUCAGGCUGUGGCUACGGGCCACGCUGGCCAGUC